AGCAGUGAAACCAAGGUCCGACUGAAUUAAACAUCUUGGAAUGUCACGUGAGAGAUCCUGCAAGAGAUUCCAGUCAGUAACAGAAAAAUCCGAGCCAGAUUAGUGCUCUGAUGAAAUAUCCAGUGUCUGUAAUAGUGUUGUGGACCAAAUGCCUAUUAUAUAAAGGGUUUAGUGAAAUCUCAAAGACCCCAGGGGGAUGUAUUGUAGGUAGCAGCCAAAUUCACGUCCCCCUCAGUUAAGGCCAGUGAGUAUCACACGAGGGUUGAACUCUCAUUGGAAAUAAUUGGGAGCAGGGGCACAAUCCACCCAGUGAUGCAUGUGGCUAGUUUGCUGCCUGUGACAAACAGCUGAUUCAAUGAGUGCACCAGUGAGGACUGUCACCGCUGGAAGAUACAGCAGAGCAGAUCCGUUUCUUGUCACUAUGCUCAGAAUACCUUAUUCUUUCCUGCUCCUGGGGUUGAUUUUCUGUCUCAUUCUUGCAACAGAGGGUAAAAGGCACAGGAAGAGGAGAUGGGCAGGACAGCUGGAGGUGCAGCAGAAGCAGGCCAGUCAUGUAUAUAAGAAGAAUCACGAUAUCACCAAAAUUCGAAAGAAUAAAAAUGAUCAGCUUCUCCGUGUGGAUGAACAUGAUUUCACUAUGAGACCUGCCUUUGGAGGUCCUGCAAUUCCUGUGGGUGCUGAUGUACAGGUUGAAAGCUUGGACAGUAUUUCUGAAGUUGAUAUGGAUUUUACCAUGACAUUAUAUCUGAGGCACUACUGGAAGGAUGAAAGAUUGUCAUUCCCCAGCAGCACCAACAAAAGCAUGACUUUUGACAGCAGGCUUGUAAAGAAGAUAUGGGUACCUGAUGUUUUCUUUGUUCACUCCAAAAGAUCCUUUAUUCAUGACACAACUACAGAUAAUAUCAUGCUCCGAGUAUAUCCAGAUGGACAUGUCUUGUACAGCAUGAGAAUUACAGUGACAGCAAUGUGCAACAUGGAUUUUAGCCGAUUUCCUCUGGAUACUCAGACGUGCUCCUUGGAGCUGGAAAGCUAUGCUUAUACCGAUGAAGAUUUGAUGCUGUACUGGAAAAAAGGAAAUGAAUCUUUAAAAACUGAUGAAAAGAUUUCCCUGUCUCAGUUUUUGAUUCAGAAGUUUCACACUACAUCUCGACUUGCUUUCUACAGCAGCACUGGAUGGUACAAUCGCCUUUACAUCAAUUUCACAUUACGGCGUCACAUCUUUUUCUAUCUGCUGCAAACUUAUUUUCCAGCAACCUUGAUGGUCAUGUUGUCUUGGGUGUCAUUCUGGAUAGACCGCAGAGCUGUUCCAGCAAGAGUCUCUCUGGGUAUAACCACAGUGUUGACCAUGUCUACCAUCAUAACGGGAGUCAAUGCCUCCAUGCCCAGAGUCUCAUACAUCAAAGCCGUGGACAUUUACUUGUGGGUUAGUUUUGUGUUUGUCUUCCUAUCGGUACUGGAAUAUGCUGCUGUGAAUUAUUUGACCACGGUACAAGAGAGGAAAGAAAGGAAAAUGCGGGAAAAGUUUCCGUGCACAUGUGGAAUGUCCCACACAAAAACCAUGAUGUUGGAUGGAAUGUAUGGGGAUUCUGAAUCCAACAGCCUGGCUGGUUAUACCAAAAACCAGAUUAUUACAGAAGACAUUGAGAAGCAAGGCAAGAUGGUUGUGCAUUUGGCUAUGAGCUCUAAUUCCAACACCCCUCGUAAAAAAGGAUUUAAAGGACAAGUUGGCUUACGCAUAAUAGAGAAUAACCAUGCAAUUGACACCUACUCCAGGCUUAUUUUCCCUGCAUCUUUUAUAUUUUUUAACUUGAUAUACUGGUCUGUGUUCUGCUAGAUACACCCAUAGUUGAACCCUUUCAAGCAAAAAAAAAAUGGAGAGCAACUGCAAACCACAUGGAUAUACGGUAGUUUCAUUGCCUUUUCCAGUACGAUUAAUAAAGACUUCAGAGAAUAGGCAGACAGUAUAUAUAAACAAUAUUUAUAUUACACAUUCAUACUAAAGUAAAAAUGAUAGCUACAUUGAUAUUUUUGUAAUUUGUACAUGAUAUAUUUAUAUAAAUGACAUUGGGCAAGAGUAUUCAUCUUCAAAAACAAAACAAAACUAUUUUCUUUUUGAAUCCUUUCUCUGAGCACCUGUACAGCAUUGUCAGAAAUGGCAAAUACAAAUGUGCUUUCAUCUGCACUUCUUGCAUAUUUCAGACCGAGAAAGUAUUAAAAAUACAUAGCAUAAGAUGGGUAGCAGUAUAGCAAUAAUAUGACACAGACCAAACAUCUAUCUCAGGCAACAUUAGUGGCACUUGUGGAGGAAUGAAUAAUAUUCUUACAAGGGAAGCACAGUAAAGCCACUUAUGUUGCAGUUUUGAUAGGAGUAUCAGAAAUAUUCGUGGCUAAUUGAAACACUUGUGUCCAAAAGUUCUUUAUCCCCACAGCCUCUGAAGCACAAAAGAGAAGCCGUUGAGAACAUGCCAUGUUUAUAUUGAGGGUUAAUGUACCAUCUUAACAGUACUUUAUAGGCUGUUUAUUUAAUGCUGACAUUAGAGGGGUCUCUUUAUGUAUAGCCAUCCAAAUUUUAGUCCAUCAAUUCUGAGUAUCUUAAAGUUGCAAAUCUGAAGUCCAUUAGAACAUAUACAGUGGGAUAUUUAUCAAAUUUCGAACAUUUCUCACUAUUUUCUUAAAAAAAAUUUGAUUUUUUUUUA